UUUUGUCCAAUCAGAAGCCGCCGUUGUUCAUAAAGCGCUGGUGCACCUGCAGACCUUCAUCUCUGCUCCUCUUCCUCCUGUCGCGAGCAUGGCGCCGCUCUCCAUCCAGUCCGGAGUCAGCUACGCUAAGACGCUGCUGCCGGACUCUCUGCUCAGGUCCAUGCUGACGGUCCAGACCAGCAUCUCCCGCCGCAUCCUGCCCUCGCCACAGCCCCGCUGCUAUAAGGUCUGCACCUUCAGCCGGAUGCGGCGGCGAGGUCUGCUGGCGUCCUCGCUGGAUGAGCUUCUGGAGCAGGCGGCCAAAGUCUUUGUGUUUUCAAACUGCAACUUCCUGAUUCUGGUCCUGGAGGAGGACGGGACCGUGGUGGACUCAGAGGAGUUCUUCCAGUCACUCCCUUGCAGAACCCCCCUGAUGGUUCUGGACAAAGGCGAGCUGUGGACACCAAACAAGAUUCUUCCGAGUUUCCGUGAGCCCAAAAAGAAGGGGAUCGCCAAACUGACCAUUGACGUGUACAAGGUGCACCCCAAGGACCUGCUGUGCUGCUUCACCGUCAGAGCCACGCUGUACGAGAUCUACACGCUGUCCUACGACUUCAAAUGCACCCGCCUCAAACACAUCUUCAAGUCGGUGCUGCGCGGCGUCACCUGUCUGACCAGACUGACCGGACAGCUGCUGCUCUGCACGUCUUCAUCGCUGCUGCAGUUCACGGCGGACGACAGCUGCGUGGACCGACGGGACUCGGCUGGUUCUACCGCCGCUGGUGGAGACGGAGGAAACCGGACCACAUUUUAAACUUGUUUUCAUUAUUAAUGGUAGAGACCAUUUCUGUCUGCUCUGUUUUAAAUCAAGUCUUUAAAUAAAAUGGGAUUUUAU